GCCAGGAAGGAAGACGAGAUACGGUCAGGUAUAAAAGGCUCAGAGCUCAGAGUCAGUGGUAGAGUUGAGACGGAAAGGUUCUCGUGUUCAGCUAGUGUGUCACAUUAUUAAUCAGGAAGAUGAGAAGCCUGGUUUUCGCCCUCGUUCUGGUACUUCUGGUAGCCGGAGGCACGGCUCUGGAUUGCUAUCACUGCCAGCCCAAUAAGGCGGGAGGGGCGUGUGAGAUCACAACGCUGACCUGUCCUGCUGAAAAAGACGCCUGCGUCUCAGCCAAGUUCCUCAGAUCCCCGUACGGACACUACCAGAAGUGCACCACCAUGGCGGCCUGCGACCUCCUGAAGCUCAACGCCUACAUGAGGGUCAAGUGCUGCCAGGGCGACCUCUGUAACACCAUGUGAUCCGGCUGGCCUUUGACCUUUCACCCUGUCAAUCCAUUCAUGUCUGGAACGGUUUAGAAGUUCAUUGUUAUUGGUUAUUCUUAUAACAGCAAAAACUCAAAUAAAAGGUUAUGCAUUGAAUUCA